AUGGUACUUAAUUGUGUUCUCUUCCUUCAGGCUGGAUUUGAUACAUCAGCAAAUACACUAAGUUUAAUAGCACACAAUUUAGUUUUUAACCCGCAAGUUCAAAAACGUUUAUUUGAAGAAAUUGAAGAAAUUUGUGGAUUAGAAGAGGGGGAAAUAAUUAAUUAUGAACAACUGUCUAAAUUAAAAUAUAUGGAUGCUGUAUUAAAAGAGACUUUAAGAUUAUGUCCAAUCGCGAAUGAUGUUGUCAACAGAAGAUGUGAAGAGACUACAACCCUUGGAGAUAUAGCAAUAGAGAAAGGAACAUACGUUUCUGCCGAUUUAUUCACUUUACAUAGAGAUAAAAAAGUUUGGGGAGAAGAUUCCGAAGAAUUUAAACCGGAAAGAUGGUUAUUAAAUGAGAAUUUAAAUACACAAACAGAAUAUUAUUACCCAUUUGGGGGAGGACCUAGAAUUUGUAUUGGAAUGCGUUUAGCAAUGAUGGAAGUUAAGAUGGUUUUAGUUCAUUUACUACGUUCAUUUGAAUUGGAGAGAUGUUCUGAGACAUUAAUAAAACCAAAUUUGACUGGCCAAGGUGUUAUAAAUUCUGGAAAGAUUUUUAUAAAACUAAAUUUGAGGAAAUAA